AUGGGGAAAUUGGAUGAAGUAAGUGAGGCAGUGUCACAUGCUUCAAAAAUUACCAAAUACAUAUAUAAUCAUUGUUUUGCAUUGUAUUUGAUGAGACAAAAUACAGGUGGAAGAGAAAUACUCCGUCCUGCUCCAACCCGUUUUGCUACUAAUUUCAUUGCAUUGCAAAGUAUUAUGUCGCAUAAAGAUGCACUAAGAGCCAUGGUAACAUCCAAAGAGUGGACAACCACAACUUAUUCCAAAGAUGUCAAGGCAAAGCAAUUUGUGGAACAAGUCUUAGACUCAAGCUUUUGGUCUAAAUGUGCUGACAUAGUGAAAAUUACAGAACCUCUUGUACGUGUGUUGCGUAUUGUUGAUAGUGAAGAUAAGCCGGCUAUGGGAUAUCUAUAUCGAGAUAUAUCUUGGAUAAACCGUUGGGAUGCACAACUUCGGAAAAAUCUCCAUGCUGCUGGUUAUUGGUUAAAUCCAUCUUGUAGAUUUGGUCCAGAAUAUGAAAAAAACAAGUCCACCACCCAAGGCCUUUUGGAUGUCAUUGAAAAGUAUGCUUAUGAUAGUAAGGACUUGCGAUCUAAAUUAACUGCUGAGAUGACUUCAUUCAAAAAUUGUGAAGGUAGUUUUGGAAGGACAACAGCAGUAGAAAACCGAGAUGAAGUUUUGCCAGAUCAAUGGUGGGACACUUAUGGAACCGAAGCGCCGAAUUUGCAAAAGCUGGCUAUUCGAAUUUUGAGUCAAACUUGUAGUGCAUCUGGUUGUGAACGAAAUUGGAGUGUGUUUGAACACAUUCAUUCAAAAAAGAGAAAUAGGUUGGAGCAUCAAAAGCUUAACGAUCUUGUUUAUGUUCGUUAUAAUUUACGGCUACAAAAUAGAACCAAGAAGAAACAAAAUUAUGAUCCUAUUAAUUUUGAAACACUUGGUGAUCAUUCUAAUUGGGUGUUGGAGGAUUCACCACCAUUCUUGACCAUUGAGGAGGUGUUAGCACUACGCAAAGAUCUUGCUAGUAUGACAAUCCAACCUAUUUCAAAUGAUAUUGAUGAAUUAAAUUUGGAUGAGGUUGAUGUUGAGGGAGAUGCACCACUUAACUCCGGAGAAAACAACCAAAGUAAUGAUAUCAUUGAUGGGGAAGAUGUUGCAAAUGCGAUUGAUUUUGUCGGAGAUGAUUUUGAUAUUGAAGGAGAUCCCAACAUUGAGAUAAUUUUACCUCCUUGGAACUAAAUUUAAUAGAUA